AUGUCGACCCCGACACCCGGAGGCUUCUCGCUCUUCCCCAGCCCGAGCUCCUCCAAGCCGCCGCCCGUCAACCGGAACCAGACCCCGCGACCCCGCCGCUCCGAGUCCCGCGAGCGCCGAGCGCCCACACCGCAAGGACGCCGCACGCCAACGCCGCAUGCUGUAUCAACCGAAGUCUUCCAGUCGUCCUCACAGCUGGACUUGUCGUCUCCUCAAAAUGCCACCGGCGAUGAGCCCCAGAGCCAAAGCCAGAGCCAGAGCCAGAGUCAGAACCAGCAUCGAGCACCUACCCCGGUUCAAUUCGAGCCCCCCCGCCAACACCAACACCACCAACACCACCAACGCCAUGACAGCCAAGCAGAAGCCGGCCCCUCAUCAGCAAUGAGAAGCCAAGAUGCGCCCGUCCAACAACCUCGUCCCGCCGCAGACGCCCCCAUCCGGGCCGAGACGGCCUUCUCCGAGGCCAACACGCUCGUCCGCAGCUCCAGCGCCCGGUCCCGGAGCUCAAUAGCCAAGCUGCCGCUCUUCGACGAAGCAUCCCCGUCGACCCAGCAGCCCCUGCGGUCCAUCUUCCCGACGUACAACCCGGACGUGCCCCUGGGCCAGCAGAACUACGUCCCGACCCAGAUGAGCCCCACGCGCAUCCCCCGCGCCGUCAUCAGCCGGCAGACGUACCACGAGAACCAGCCCGCCCAGAGCCCGCCCUUCCGGAGCCCCGUCCGCAGCCCCAUGAGCGCCGGCUCCAACAAGUGGCCGCGGAGGGCGCCCCAUGAACCUCCCAUCAUCCCCACGACGUGCACCACCGAGCAGCUCAAGAGCCUGUGGAAGGUGGCCAACGGGUGGAAGGCCUCGCCGUCCGAGGGCCGCGUCUACUGCAUGAAGAUGACCCAGGAGAAGGACGCGCCUGUGUAUACCCUCUCCUCCACCACCCAGCCGUUUUACAACCUUCGCCUGGACCCCACGUCGGCGUCGGCGUACGUCACCCUCACCAGGCACGACCCCAGCAAGACGUACAAGGCCCCCAAGGCAGCAGACGCCCCCAGCUCGUCGGCAAGCAGCAUCAUCAGCGGCGUCGUCGGCCACGGCAGCGGCCGCUCCAGCAGCCGGAGCAGCAAGAUCACCGACAGCAAGCACUGGCACGAGGCCCUCACCACCACCCUCGAGGAGGAGUCCCGCAAGCACCCGCCCAACGACGGGCUCGUGGCGCUCCUCAUGCCCGUGCCCGCCACCAAGGCGGCCAUUGAAAAGUCGGCCGAUCCCAACGUGGUCAUGAUGGCGGAGCGGGAGUGUGCGCGCCUCGUCUGGGACGAGGACAGUUCCAACCACUUCCUGGUGCACCCGGCGCUGGCCACGCCCUUCUGCGUCACCAUCGAGCGCUCCCCGGCGUGGUCCCGGGUCGAGUACACGCUCGAGCACCACGAGUCGCCGCAGCACCUGGCCAAGCUGACGCGCGACGGCACCGGCAGCGGGUGGCUGGAGCUGGACACGGGCAUCGCGUCCAAGAUCGAGUCCUUCUUCCUGGUCGACGUGGCCGUCACCGCGCUGCUGCUCGUGGCCGCCGCCGACGAGAAGAACAUGCCCGCCGCCGUCGAGGCGUUUGCGCCGCCGCCGCCCCUCAUCCUGUCGGCCAAGCAGGAGAAGCGGCUGAGCAAGAUGAGCAAGCGCGAGGAGAAGAAGCGCCGCAAGAUGGAGUCGUUUGAGAUUGACGUCGAGAGCCAGAACGACAGCCUGGACAAGCUCAAGAGCAAAGCCAAGGACGUCGAGAGUAAGCUGCCGUGGCCGGUGCGGAUAAUAGUCAAGAUCGCCAAGGGGGUUUUCGCAUGCAUCAUCUGGGCGCUCACCAUUGCUUUCAAGUGUGCCAGUGGCGUCUUCAAGCUGCUGUAUAAGUGCGUGGGCUCCAAGUAUUAA